AUGGCUUUCCUCCCUGGAAACUCUUCUGACUGCUCCAACUGCACCCACUCCUUGGGGCCUGUGAACAUUUCAAAGGCCAUUUUACUAGGUGUUAUUCUAGGGGGGCUGAUUAUUUUUGGUGUUUUGGGUAAUAUUCUGGUUAUCCUCUCUGUAGCCUGCCACAGACACCUUCAGAGUGUUACCCACUAUUAUAUCAUUAACCUGGCUGUAGCUGACCUCCUCUUGACUUCCACUGUCCUGCCCUUCUCAGCUACUAUGGAGAUUUUGGGCUACUGGGUCUUUGGGAGGAUCUUCUGCAACAUCUGGGCAGCUGUUGAUGUGCUUUGCUGCACUGCUUCCAUUAUGAGCCUCUGUAUCAUCUCGAUAGACAGAUACAUCGGGGUGAGUUACCCACUGAGAUACCCAAGUAUAGUGACAGAGAAGAGAGGCCUCCUGGCAUUACUGUGUGUUUGGGCACUGUCUCUGGUGAUAUCCAUUGGACCUCUUUUUGGCUGGAAGGAACCAGCACCAGAAGACGAGACCAUCUGUCAAAUCACCGAGGAGCCUGGCUACGUGCUGUUCUCUGCUCUAGGCUCCUUCUACCUCCCCCUGACUAUUAUCUUGGUGAUGUAUUGUCGAGUGUAUGUAGUGGCCAAAAGGGAAAACAAAGGUCUGACUUCUGGUCUGAAGACAGAGAGAUCUCACUCUGAAGAAGUAACCCUACGGAUCCACCGUAAAAACGCUCCUGAAGCCAGCAGCUCUGCUCCCAACCCCAAGAGCAAGCAUCAUUUCUCCGUGCGUCUCCUCAAGUUCUCCAGGGAAAAGAAAGCUGCCAAGACCCUGGGAAUAGUCGUGGGAUGCUUCGUUCUCUGCUGGCUUCCAUUUUUUGUAGUAAUGCCUCUUGGUUCUUUCUUUCCUGCAAUCAAACCCCCAGACACACUUUUUAAAGUAACAUUUUGGCUUGGAUACUUAAACAGCUGCAUCAAUCCCAUAAUCUAUCCGUGCUCAAGCCAAGAGUUUAAGAAAGCAUUCCAAAAUGUCCUGAGAGCACAGUGCCUCCCAAGGAAGCAAGCAGCAAAGAAGCAAUCCCCAAGUUUCAACCUCAACCAUCCCACUAGCCAAAGCAUGGAGGGCAGCAAAGGUGUGGUUCGUAUUCCAGUUGGCACAGGAGAAACCUUCUAUAAGAUUUCCAAGUCGGAUGGGGUCUGUGAAUGGAAGAUCUUCUCUGCUGUGCAAAGCAUGCCUGCAAAAAAUGCAGUUUCUAAAGACUGUGCUACUGCCAAAGCAAAAAGUAAAGGUUUCCUCCUCCAGGAAUGCUGCUGUGCAGGUGCUUCAGGGAACUUCACCCAUGAAAACUGUAAAGUGCCGACUAUUAAGAUACACACCAUCUCCCUCAGUGAAAACGGGGAGGAUGUCUAA